AUGUUCGGCUCCGCGAUGGUACAGCUCCGCGAUGGUACACCACAGUCUUUCUUCAUCAAGGUCAUUUCGAAAGAAAUAGGCAUGAAUAUGACCAGGGGUGAAUUCCACUCAAUGAGCGCGAUGCACAACGUUCUGCCUGAAUUUGUCCCAAGGCCCAUCGCUUGCGGCACCUACGAGACGAUAGCAGACACCCACUUUUUCCUCUGCGAGUUUCGAGAAAUGACUGACGAUAUGCCUGACCCUUACAAAUUUGCCGCUUUUCUGUCGGCACUGCACCAGAAAAGCGAAUCGCCUACUGACAAGUUCGGAUUUCACAUCGCCGCCUACGCAGGAAACCUUCCUCAGUUUGUGGCACGGGAAGGUAGCUGGGAGGCAUUCUUCGCUAAGACUAUGAGACAGGCACUUGACUUGGAGAUUGGAAGGAAAGGUCCUAGUGAGGAGCUCGGGGUCUUCUCUCAUGCUCUCUUCGAAAAGGUCAUUCCGAGGCUCCUGAGGCCUCUCGAGAGUGACGGUCGAGUAGUGAAACCCUCACUUGUUUAUGGAGACCUUUGGUACGCAAAUGCAGGGAUUGAUGCUGACAGCGACCAGCCUCUUGUCUUUGAUGCGUGCUGCUUCUUCGCGCACAGCGAAUAUGCGUUUGGCCAGUGGCGACCGACUUGCAAUGGGUUUGGGGAUAAGUACGUUGCUGCCUACAACACAUUCACUCACGACAUAUGA